AUUGUAUUAUUUAGUAAGCUCACAUACAUGUCGGAGCUGUUAAUCACUCAACUCUAAAAGCAUCUAGUUAUAUAUAUUUUCCAUUUAUUCGCUCAAAAUGCCAGCCCCAAAAAUCCAAAGUAAUCAGAUCGAGAAGAGCGCCAUGAAGCGCACCCCAUUGUAUGUAAACCCCGAGCUGAAAGGCCUUAUCGUAGAGUUGAUGCUGCCGCGUUUUGAGACGCUGCGUACAAUAGUCUCCACACGUUUCGUAUCUGAGGAGGAGAUGGCGAAUGAAAAAGAUGAUGCGGACGACGACGACUGGUGGCCCGAUUACAGAAUCUAUUCAGACAAGCACUACAUGACCGAAAUGAAUGGUCUGAUGCAUCUCAUUCUAAAUGGCUUGCGCGGCAUGACAGAUGAGCUGCAGACCAUUGGACUCAAGUUUCAAGCCUUCAUUUUGGACAACUUCAAGCCGGACCAAUCUGCCAAGAAAGUAGCCGGUGCAAAUCCAGCUGAGGGGAAGGAGGAUAUCUUGAACCGUUAUCUCCUGGCUCAGAGCCUGAUCAAGGACAUGGUAAAUUUUGUGACUUGUUGCAGUCGCCAGUGCACCAAGCUUCUGAAGCAGCGCAAAGCGUACUUUGAUCGAGCUUCAGAGACCAAGGACACAGAGGAUCGCAUACGCCUGAAGGUCUUCGAUGAGCGCAGCUUUACCGAGCUGCACGGACGUAUGAUUAGUUUGAAGAGCUUUGUUCAGGACUUUUGUAAUUUAUUCGAGUCUGAAUGGAAUUCGUCAGAUCAGCAGGGCAUCUCUGUCGUUUCCCCAACUAAGAAGAUAUCCACGUAAAGCUGUCUCGUUUUGUUCGCUGGAUGUUAUUAGCCCGUUCCUUUGUUCUAGUUCGUCCGAGCCAACCAAAACGUACACACUCAAGUGCACAAGCACACACACACACGCUCAGAGUCAGACAGAAAAAAAACACACACAUGUCACAUGCAUAUACACAUGAAGGCUUCAUUUGAGAGGGUUGUAAUAAAGAGUCCACCCCCUUGUGAAUUGGAGUAUCCAGAAAA